CGUGACGUCGCCGAUCCAAGAGCUGAGUCGCUGUGUCGCUUCCUGCCCCGCACUGAGCGCAGGAGGAAGAGGAAGCGAGGCUCCCAGUGACAGAGCGAGGCGGGGAGGGGGGGGUAUGUCUCUGUGAAAUCAUCCUCACUGCUGACUUACUACUGUGCAACUUCCCAGGUGCAAUGGAUAGGUAACAAAGACCCCGGGCCUGGUUCAUUAAGUAGAUUGCCUCUGGCACAAUGACUGAGUGCUUUCUACCACCCACCAGUAGUCCAAGUGAACAUCGACGGGCUGAACAUGGUGGGGGCCUUGCUCGUACUCCCAGCUCUGAGGAGAUAAGCCCCACCAAAUUCCCUGGGCUCUACCGCACUGGUGAGCCCUCACCUCCUCAUGACAUUCUUCACGAGCCCCCAGACAUAGUAUCAGAUGAUGAAAAGGACCAUGGCAAAAAAAAAGGAAAGUUCAAGAAAAAGGAGAAAAGAACUGAAGGAUAUGCUGCCUUUCAAGAGGACAGUUCUGGUGAUGAAGCGGAAAGCCCGUCCAAAAUGAAGAGGUCCAAGGGAAUCCAUGUGUUUAAGAAGCCCAGUUUCUCCAAGAAGAAAGAAAAAGAUUUUAAAAUAAAAGAGAAACCGAAAGAAGAAAAGCACAAGGAAGAUAAGCACAAGGAAAAGAAGUCAAAGGAUCUGACUGCUGCAGAUGUUGUCAAACAAUGGAAGGAAAAGAAGAAAAAAAAGAAACCUACUCCAGAGCCAGAGCUUCCUCCAGUGGAUGUCCCCAGACUAAGGCCCGUGUUUGGCAUCCCACUGGCUGAAGCUGCAGACAGAACCAUGAUGAGUGAUGGAAUCAAGCUGCCAGCAGUAUUCAGAGAAUGCAUAGAUUACAUAGAGAACCAUGGCAUGAAGUAUGAGGGCAUCUAUAGAGUGUCAGGAAUAAAGUCAAAAGUGGAUGAGCUAAAAGCUGCAUAUGACCGAGAGGAAUCUCCAAACCUUGACGAUUAUGAGCCUUAUACAGUUGCCAGUCUACUAAAGCAAUACUUGCGGGAGCUACCCGAAAACGUCCUGACAAAAGAUCUGAUGCCGAGGUUUGAAGAGGCUUGUGGCAAAAGUACAGAGGCGGAGAGGCUACAGGAGUGUCAGCGCCUAAUAAAGGAGCUUCCAGAAUGCAACUUCUACCUGAUUUCCUGGCUUAUUGUACAUAUGGACCAUGUUAUUGGGAAAGAACUUGAAACCAAAAUGAAUAUCCAGAAUAUUUCUAUUGUUCUCAGCCCAACUGUUCAGAUAAGUAAUCGUGUCCUGUAUGUGUUUUUUACACACGUCCAAGAACUGUUUGGGGGUGUCCUUUUAAAACGAGUGAUAAAACCUCUCCGCUGGUCUAACAUGGCCACCAUGCCUGCAUUACCAGAUACACAAGAAACCAUAAAGGAGGAAAUUCGGCGGCAGGAGUUUCUUUUGAAUUGCUUGCAUAGAGACCUUCAGGCUGGGAUAAAAGAUUUGUCCAAAGAAGAGAGACUAUGGGAGGUUCAGAGGAUUUUAACAGCGCUUAAAAGAAAGCUGAGAGAAGCUAAAAGGCAGGACUGUGAAACCAAGAUUGCUCAAGAAAUUGCUAGUCUUUCUAAGGAGGAUGUUUCAAAAGAAGAAAUGACUGAGAAUGAAGAAGAGGUUCUUAAUAUACUCCUUUCCCAGGAAAAUGAGAUCCUAACAGAACAGGAAGAAUUGGUGGCAAUGGAGCAGUUUCUCAGAAGACAAAUUGCAACAGAAAAGGAAGAAAUAGACCGUCUCCGAGCAGAAAUUUCUGAAAUACAAAGCCGCCAGCAGCAUGGACGAAGUGAGACUGAAGAGUAUUCCUCUGACAGUGAGAGUGAAAGUGAGGAUGAAGAGGAGCUGCAGAUUAUUUUAGAGGACCUGCAGAGGCAGAAUGAGGAGUUGGAGAUCAAGAACAAUCAUUUGAACCAAGCAAUUCAUGAGGAAAGAGAGGCCAUCAUUGAGCUGCGAGUGCAGCUCCGGUUGUUACAACGCCUAAAAUCGGAGCAGCUGCAGGAGGAAGAGGAGCCAGGGAAACAGGGCACUCGAUCGCAGCUGCAGAAAGACACUGCCUCGGAGACAAAAGCAGUAAAAGAUCAGCCAAAAUCAUUGAAGGAACAAGUGAGACCAUCGCCAAUUAAAGACUGGAAGGAAACACUCAUCUGAGAAUGACAUCCCUGGGUAAAAGCGUUUCACCCUACUAAUUUUCAGUCCAUUACUGUGCUUCACAAACCUGCAACCUUCCUACCGCAAAAGCUUUUCAAAGUUCCCCCUUCCCCCCACUGCUCUCUUUUUGCAGAUCUAGCUUAUUUAGGGUUUCUAAAUAAAAUGUUAAAAACUUUGCAGAAAACAGGUAGGUGGUGGGGGAAGAGUCAAUUUUCUUACCAAAAACGUCUGGUUAGCAUGGUGAUAAUCCUAGAGCAAUGUGGUUAUGGAAAUAAAAUUACUUUUGUUUUUACUACCUUUUGAUUUUAGUGUUUUAUAAUGAAAAAAAGCCAUUACAAAUAAGCACACCUAUUUAUUUUUAGAUGUAUUUGUGUUGUGUGCAAAGCUUUUCCUUUUUUUUUUUUUUUACACUUGUUCUUUUUCCUGUUAUUGUUUUUGUUCAUUAUAUGUUAGGGAUUUUAUCGCUGUGAAUGCACAAGUUUUAAGACUACUACUAAAAGGUUUCUGUGUAAGGGCCUGUGUCCAGUUUCUGCUGUCCAGAUGAUCCUUUUCUUUUGACAUUAAUUUUGUUCCCUUUGACCAUCAGAAGUAUAGAACUUGACCUUUUUGUGUUUAUCCCCUUCAGGGCCAUUCUAAGGGUGGUCACAUUGACAAGGGAUAAGCUAUUGAUCCAGGCGUGGACCUUAUAAUAUUAAUCUGCUAGCUAUAUGUUGAUUGUAACUCUUCAGUUCAGUCAGCUGUAGAUCAGAAAAAAAUAUUGUUUUACUGUUUGACUUAACAUAUAAAUAUUGUCUAUUUUGUUUUAUAACCUGCAUUAAUGAUUUAGGCUUUGUGAAAUGUCCUGAUUUACUAUCACAAAUCCUGCUAAUUCUUAACUGAAACAUCCCCAAAACACACGCACCUGGAUUCGGAUUUAGCACAUUUAAAUGCCUAUUAAUUUAAAAGGCAGUUCUGCAUGUUUUAAUAGAAUAUAUAGCCAUUUUCAAAAAAUAGAAUAUUAAAUAGUAACAUAUAAAGCUUUAUAGAGAGUAGUGUGAUUUAUUUCUUUUAUUUUUUUUUCCCUCCCUCUUUCCAGUAAGUGCCAAUUAAUAGAAUAAUCUAAUUCCAACUGCAGUCUGAUGCUCGGUGAGCAUAAUUCUGACACUAAAACAGUUUCCUCAGCUUAAGACUGUAUUCAGCCUUGCUUGAUUGUGCAGUUAAACAAUGAGUCACUCCUACGUCAACAGUUUAACCUUAGCUGGGUCUGUUGAUUCCUGAAAAGAGCCUACUUGCUAAGCUGAGAAAACACCAUGUUGAAAUCCCACCUAACUCUUUGUGUUUCUACAGUGCAGUCACCCAACUAAAACUUUUUGAUAUUUAGCCAAUCGGCACAGCUUACUGGGUAUGAGGGCACCUGCAAUUCAAGUUUUCUGCAGUUUUCCAACAGUAUCGUUACCUAAAAAUAACCUUGGGGCAACUCCAAAAAUGCAUGGUGAAAACAUAAUUCGAAAUGCAAUGUGUAAACAAUUAAUAGGUCACUACAUUAUCAUGUAUUAUGGCAUUUGUCAAAGCAUCAUGGGUGUUUCAGUGCUGGACUGCAAUCCUUUUGGCUACUCCUUUUAUAGAAAGAUAAAUUGAAAGCUUAUCCAUGUUUAAAAAGCUAGACAUUUCCGAAUAGAUCACUUCCACGUGUUAAGGCAAACUAACCUCUUAUUGAUCAUUUUGCAUGUUUGUGCAAUCACAUAUAUAUCCUUUUUAGUAAAGAAAGGAUUGCCGCAAGAUGCAGACUUUGAAAAUAACUUGCUUUGGUCCAUUACACUGACAUCAUUUUGUGUGCCUUUUAUUCGUCAUUUUUAAGAUAAUCAAUGAUUAUUUAUCUCGGUGUCCCACCUAAUGUCCUUUACAAGAUGUUAAUGUGAAUUGCGUACUAAGCAAGGCACUAAUUAAGUGUUUGUGAAUCCGGUCAUCUUGAGCCAACAGCCUGUCGUGGAGUAAUAAAAGGCUUGUCUGUGAGCCUGGGUGACAAAAUAGACAGCAAUAGAUUUUUACAAAUGUAAUUGUAUGGACACAAUGAAAAUCUUGACACUCUGUGAAAAAUUGGUUGUUUCUUUAGAUAGCGGAGAAUAAGGCAGCUGUUAGCUUUGCUGUAACUUUAGGCUUGCUGGUUGCCUCUCUGGUGACAAUACUGUAUGGAGUCAAAACCUUGGUGAUGUCCCCAUAUGGGUGUGUUCCUUUUGUGAACUUGCCAUUGUAGGCCUGCUUCAUAACAACCACCCAGUCGCAGCUCUGCAGCAAUACCGGAGCUUUGUUUGUUGGAAAUGUAAUAUCCUGCACAUCAUGUUCAUUGUCCCUGUUUGGCAUGGAUAAGCAUUGCUUCAAGGAUAGCAUCCUUAACAAACUCAAGGAUUUUUACUUUUAAUAUCUGUGUAAAUGAAUACAAGCUCACUAGCUGUGUCAAAUAACUGUUGAGUGAGCACUUACAUGCCCAGCAGUUUGGAAAGCGAGCUGUAAAGUUAAAAGGCACUCCUCCCAGCAAUAUAGUGUGGCCUUUUAAACACACUGCUGGUGCACAGAAAAAAAAAGCACAUUUCCAUUUUACAGAACACGGUUUGCAUUUUGAUUUGGGUCUUAAAGAACGUAAAAGAAAACUUUAGGCGGCAAGUGUAAAGGCAAAUACUGUGCACCUUUUUUUUUUGGUAUUAAAGUCUACUUGUGAUGCACUUGGCCGAGUCAUUGGGUGGUAGUUAAUUACACAGGAAUAUAUACCAGUGAUGCUGUAACUGGAAUGCACAGUCUAAUAAUGUAUUCAUCUUUAACAUGUACAAAAUGUAGAUUCUUGAUUCAACUUAUUUUGCUUUUAUUUUGUAUUUUUAUUCAUGAAGUGUUAUAAUAUUGCCUCAUGUCUGUUACACACAUUUUGUAUUUGCAUAAUUGGUUAGGAUAGCUUGAAUGAAAAUUACAUGUUUCCAGUUGGUCUCAUAUUAGUGUUUUAUGCUUUCCGCCUUUUAUGUAGGUAUUUUAGUUCAUGUUUAAGGCAUCACACAUCAGAGCAAAUAAAGUACCAUUUUAAACCUGCAA